AUACGAGUGUUUAAUACACAGGAGUUGCCACUUACCACCCUGAGAGAAAGUAAUUAAGAAGAAGGAAACAAAGAAAUUGAAACUUCCAUUAUGAAAACUAUGGAAUUGGAAGAGUUCUUUUUAUAGUAUUCCUCAUUGGCUAAGCAAUUUUGACAGACAACAGCUCGGGAACAGAGUUCUAAUCUGAUUAUUUCCACCUGGUUAUGCGCGAGAAGCUGAAGAAGACCCAACACGCUGUUGUUGUGCCGGGAAAAGUCUGUAACAAUCAGCUCUACUGAAAAACGAUCAGAGCAGCUCUCUGCAAUUCGUUUUGUUUGCUCGGAUAAACUCUGGUUCACCACGAGAUUCAUCUGUUUGCGAUUUCGGUUUCCGAUUCCGUAAUUGGUAGUCUUGCUGGAAUGGUGCUUAUUUGAGUUUGAAGGACCGAAGAAGCGAGGCUAGUAUAUGGACCAGCUCGUUCUUGCUGGACUUCAACUUGUGUCUUUGUGAUUAUAGAGUCAACAGAACUUGAUUGAUAGGAGUAUCUCCACAUAGCAAAAACAUGAGAAAACCUAACGAAAUGAUGAGGCUUUUUAUAAUGACUUUUGCUGGUAUUUUAAUUGGUUUCUUCCUAGGAAUAUCCUUUCCAACACUCUCCUUAACCAAGAUGAAUCUCCCAUCCAGCCUUUUCCCCUCCAUUGAUCUUACAUAUAUUGGGGACAAGUACCCAAGCCUUUCAAAGCAAACAAUAUACAAGGCUUGGUCUCCUGUGAAGAGUGAUGAUGGAGGCAUCCCUCUUCCACCUUACAACUCAAAUGAUACGGAGAUCUGGGUUCCAACAAAUCCUCGUGGUGCUGAAAGACUUCCACCAGGUAUAAUUGAAUCAGAAUCAGAUCUCUAUCUGCGCCGAUUAUGGGGUCUUCCUAGUGAGGACUUAACCAUCAGGCCCAGGUAUCUUGUGACAUUUACUGUUGGAUAUGAGCAGAAGAAAAAUAUCGAUGCAGCUAUUAGAAAGUUCUCAGAGAAUUUCACCAUUAUGUUGUUUCACUAUGAUGGUCGGACUAGUGAAUGGGAAGAGUUUGAAUGGUCAAGACGAGCAAUUCAUGUGAGCGCUCGAAAGCAAACUAAAUGGUGGUACGCUAAGCGUUUUUUGCACCCUGAUAUUGUUGCCAUCUAUGACUACAUAUUUAUAUGGGAUGAAGAUCUUGGGUUGGAACAUUUUGAUGCAGAGGAAUACUUAAAAGUGGUAAGGAAACAUGAAUUGGAGAUCUCACAGCCAGGUAUACAGCCAGAUGGAGGAUUGACAUGGGAGAUGACUAAGAAGAGAGACGAUUCUGAAGUUCACAAGCAUUCUGAGGAGAAAAAUGGUUGGUGUACUGAUCCUAAUUUGCCACCAUGUGCAGCAUUUGUUGAGAUCAUGGCUACUGUAUUCUCCCGGAAGGCAUGGCGCUGUACUUGGCACAUGAUCCAGAAUGACUUGGUUCACGGAUGGGGUAUAGAUUUUGCUCUUAGGAAAUGUGUUGAGAAUGCUCAUGAGAGAAUCGGAGUUGUUGAUGCUCAGUGGGUUGUUCAUCAAGGACUUCCUUCACUUGGGAAACAGGGUCAACCAGAGAGUGGGAGGCAACCUUGGGAAGGGGUGAGGGACAGGUGUCGAAGAGAAUGGACGAUGUUCCAAGAUCGAAUGAGCAGCGCAGAGAAAGCUUAUUUUGCAGCUAUGGAAAAUGGUAGUUACAAUUCAACAAAUGGUUAUAGUUACAAUUCAACAAAUGGUUAACAAGAUAGCAAAUAGCAACUACCAUGACAAAAGAUAUUUAUAGUACUAACACUUAAUAUUCUUGUAGAAACUUACUCUCAGGUGAUGUUCAAGGCUGUUUGAACAAUACUAGUAGUUGGAUAAAUUAUUGUAUUCUUUCUACGAUAUUUAUAUGUUUAAUUCGAUUAGUCGAUGAUAAUAUUCACAUUCAGAUAGCAAAA